CAGUCAUCAUUUGUUGUAGAUGAAGUAAGCAACAUAAUCAAAGAGUCAAUAGAAAGUGCUAUUGGUGGUAAUGCUUAUCAGCACAACAAAGUCAACCAGUGGACAACAAAUGUGGUGGAGCAAACACUGAGCCAACUGACAAAACUUGGCAAACCAUUCAAGUACAUUGUUACUUGCGUAAUCAUGCAGAAGAAUGGUGCAGGACUUCACACAGCAAGCUCUUGUUUCUGGGACAACUCCACAGAUGGAAGCUGCACUGUAAGAUGGGAGAACAAGACUAUGUACUGUAUAGUCAGUGCCUUUGGACUUGCAAUAUAG